GAAUGCGUUAUGGCUACCCAUUGUGGCUACCAGAUGAAGUAAUCAAGGGACCUGUUUCGCAAAUAUAAAUUUAACGGACCAUGUUGUGAUCUGUAGUUAUAAUCACAUAUCUAUUACCGCUUUGUAACACGCUUUCCGUCCUUUAGGUCAAGGUAUUUUGCUUGCUUGAUACGAUUGUCGAAAAGCUAACCUCUUUCGACGGUGUUUUGAUUUUUGGGGAAUCGUGCCAGCGACCGGUGGAUUUGCUAAUUAAUAUUGCGAACGGGCGACUAUGUUUGACCAAAGAAUCAUAGCACUCGGUUUCGUCAUGUGCUUGGUAACAGUAUUUAACUUUUCCCUUCAUCGGAUCGAGGAAGGCCAUGUGGGGGUGUAUUUUCGAGGUGGUGCACUGUUGCCCCAAGUGAGCAAUCCAGGAUUUCACAUGAUGAUACCGUUUCUGACCACUUAUCGUCCGGUUCAAGUAACUCUGCAGACAGACGAAGUGAAGAAUGUGCCAUGUGGAACCAGCGGUGGUGUUAUUAUCUACUUUGAUCGUAUAGAAGUUGUGAAUAUAUUAGGUGCAAAUAGCGUUUACAACAUGGUGAGAAAUUUCACAGUGGAUUACGACCGCACUUUAAUUUUUAACAAAGUGCAUCAUGAAUUAAACCAAUUUUGUUCUGUACACACAUUACAUGAAGUGUACAUUGAUCUGUUUGAUCAAAUUGAUGAAAAUCUGAAGACUGCACUUCAAAGAGACUUGAAUGAAUUAGCGCCUGGUCUUAAUAUUCAAGCUGUAAGAGUAACGAAGCCAAAAAUUCCUGAAACAAUCAGGAAGAACUACGAAUUAAUGGAAGCAGAGAAAACGAAGCUAUUAAUAUCCACGCAACAUCAGAAAGUAGUAGAGAAAGAUGCUGAGACCGAUCGCAAGAAGGCCAUCAUUGAGGCUGAAAAGGAAGCGCUAGUUGCAAAGAUUCAAUACAAUCAAAAGAUUAUGGAGAAAGAAUCCCUACAACAAAUGGCUGCCAUAGAAGACGAGAUGCAUUUAGCAAGGCAAAAAAGCCGUUCAGAUGCCGAAUUUUACCAGAUGAAAAUGCAAGCCGAGGCGAACAAAAUACUUUUGUCUAAGGAAUUUUUAGAGCUCAAGAAAUAUGAGGCAUUGGCACACAACACUAAAAUAUAUUACGGGCAAGACAUUCCCAGAAUGUUUGCAUUUGGUAGUUGCUUGAAUGAUGCCGACUUCAAAUCUAAUACCAAUAUUGCACAAAAGUGAUGAACUAUAGAUAGUGCAAUUCAGAUACCUUAUUUUGAUGAUUACUGUUACAUAAGAUGAAACGUGAUGGAUCUUAUCUUUUCGGAUGAGUACUUUUAUAGAGAAUCGAAAAACUUUGGAAAAUUUACAACUCCUAGUUGUGCGCAGGGACAUUUUUUUUUAUAUAGAAAGCAUAUAUUGUUACAUAGGACCGUAUUUAUUACAUAGGUCCGUUCUUAUCUCAAGACCGUAUAUAAGACCGAACUGUGAAUAUCAGCCAUAGAUUGUACAGACGAUUCUAGAAUUUUGGAGUGUUACUUAUUCCUCCUAAUUAAUUGUGUGGAAUUAAAAUUUUGUAUGAAUGUAUUUAUUAAAUCUAUAUAGUAUAGAUAGAUAGAUACAUUACGAAUACAAAUACAUGAUCCGUUUUUUUAUUAUAUAUAAUGAAAAACGUUUUCUCUUCAAUAUAAGGUGAUUAUGUAAUAAUUACACAAGCAUGUAAUAUGUAAUAAUUACAUAAUCCUGAAUUAUUAAC